CACCCGGGCCGGUGGCGUUCAGUUUCAUUCCAUGUCGCCGCCGUUAAUGGCUAGAAAACGAUGGCCGAGCCGUGCGUGAGUGCAUGCAUACAAGCACGCCGCAUAUCCAUCCACAGAGCAGAAAAGAACAAAAUUGAAAAAAGGAAACGAAAAGAGAACCAGCACCAACAGCGCUGGUAGAGCGGCGCUUUCGGCCCCGCGCGGCCACGUACGUGCUUUCCCGGUGGCCGGCCGGAGCGGAGGGAGAGAGAUUAGGAGAGAGUGCUGAAGGCCGGCCGGCGAGGGGGAGAUGGCGGGGGAUGAGGAGCGGAUCCUGGUGUCGGUGCGGCUGCGGCCGGUGAACGCGCGGGAGGCGGAGCGCGGCGACGGCGACGAGUGGGAGUGCGCCGGCCCGACCACGCUCAAGUUCCUCGGCAACAUCCCCGAGCGCGCCAUGUUCCCCGCCACCUACACCUACGACAGGGUGUUCAGCCCGGAGUGCGACACGAGGCAGGUGUACGAGGAAGGGGCCAAGGAGGUCGCCCUCUCCGUGCUCUCCGGAAUCAACUCGAGCAUUUUCGCCUACGGGCAAACGAGCAGCGGCAAGACGUACACCAUGGUCGGCGUAACGGAGCACAGCAUGGCGGAGAUCUACGGCUACAUUGACCAGCAUCCUGAGAGGGAGUUCAUCCUCAAGUUCUCGGCCAUGGAGAUAUACAACGAGGCCGUCAGGGAUCUCCUCAGCUCCGACGCGACACCUCUGAGGCUCCUCGACGAUCCGGAGAAAGGUACUGUGGUCGAAAAACUCACCGAGGAGACUUUGAGGGACAAAGGCCAUCUCCUCGAGCUCCUAGCAGUGUGUGAAGCUCAAAGACAGAUUGGGGAGACUGCCUUAAACGAAACAAGUUCACGGUCUCACCAAAUACUCAGGCUGACAGUUGAGAGCUCGGCAAGGCAGUUCUUGGGGAGAGGCAACUCGAACACCCUUCUGGCUUGUGUGAAUUUUGUUGAUCUAGCAGGAAGUGAGCGUGCAUCACAAACAGCAGCGAGUGGUAUGAGGCUAAAAGAGGGCAGUCAUAUCAACAAGAGUCUUCUUACAUUGGGAAAGGUCAUUCGCCAGCUCAGUGGGGGGAGAAACGGCCAUAUCCCCUACAGAGACUCCAAGCUCACUCGCAUACUGCAGUCGUCUGGGAGGCAAUGCGAGGACGGCCAUCAUCUGCACAAUGAGCCCGGCGCACUGUCAGUUGAGCAGUCCAGAAACACACUCUUGUUUGCAAACUGUGCAAAAAAUGUAGUCACCAAUGCACAGGUCAAUCUUGUACUGUCAGACAAGGCACUGGUGAAGCAUCUUCAGCGAGAGCUUGCAAAGUUGGAGAAUGAGCUCAAGUUUCCUGGAUCAGCCUCUUGCUCUAGUCAUGCUGAAGCUCUGAAAGAGAAGGAUGAACAGAUUAAAAAGCUGGAAGAACAGUUGAAGGAAUUGAUGGAGGAAAAAGAUACCGUUCAAUCUCAACUAGAAAAUUUCCGCAAAGUUGCAAGUGAUGAUCAUCUCAAUGAUCACAAAGCAAGGCGCUGGGAUGCACAUAGUCGGUCUUCAGAGUCCCUACCACGUAAUGUGUCUGAAGAUGCACUUUCAUCUUCGGAUAUUAAUGAUCUAUCUUAUCAAGAUCAAGCAAUGGAUGAACAGCCAGCACCACUUCCACGUCGACCCAGUAACCAUGUUUUCGACAGAAUAACUGAAUGCCAAGAGAACAUAGUGGCUUCCCAAUCAGCAUCUGAGGUCUCUGAGGAGCAUUGUAAGGAAGUACGGUGCAUUGAAACAAAUGAGCUCAGAAGGAGGAGAAGCCAAGAAGCCUUUCAUGCACACCAACUGGAAAUACCUGAUAAGGAGACAAGAACAAUGAUGGACCACACAGAAACUUGCACUGACGAAGAGAAGCAUGGUGAAAGUGUCACAAAAACAGCAGAAAAUGCCAUCGAGUUAUAUGCAUGCGAUUCUGACCCGUCUUUUGACAUUGAAAAAAGUAACACUGAAGAUGAACCUUUGGCCCUGAAGAGGUGUGUGGUAAGCUCCAGAGAUAUUGUACUAGCAAGGAGCCAAAGCUGCAAGGCAAGCUUUAUGGUGAUCCCAAACAGCUGGUUCGACGAUUUAGUGAGUGUGAGCAUGACACCGCCACCGGGUGAAUUUUCCAAGCAUCCUCCGAGAAGGCCAGAGAAGGUCAAGAAGAGCCUGUUUCCUGAAUCAGUUGCCUCUGAUCCCAUCACCGACAAUAGCACAGGCAAUGCUGAAGAAGAAAGUUUUGUCAAUGACAUGAGUUGUGUAACUGAAGUCAAGGAACAGACUGAGAAGAAUGAUGCAACCCAGCCAAAGGAAAAUCAGGUGCAAGUUGGCAUAGAUCUUUCACCAAGCAUCAUGGAGUCUCCUUCACAGCGGCCCUUCGAUUUCAGGAAGAAACAGCGAGAGAUCAUCGAGCUGUGGCACGAGUGCCAUGUCUCCAUAGUGCAUAGGACUUACUUCUUCCUCCUUUUCAAUGGAGACCAGACAGACCACAUCUACAUGGAAGUAGAGCACAGGAGACUGUCUUUCAUUAAGCAUUCUUUCAUUGCUGACGGCGAGCCUAAUGCUACUGUUGCAACAAGUUUGAAGAGACUUCGGCACGAGAGGGACAUGGUGUACAGGCAGAUGGUGAGGAGGCUCAACCUCGCGGAGAGGGAGAGCCUCUUCAGCAAGUGGGGGAUCAACCUGAGCUCCAAGCAGCGGAGGCUGCAGCUCUCGCGCCUCAUCUGGACAAGGACCGACAUGGAGCAUGUGAGAGAGAGCGCUGCACUCGUUUCGAAGAUGGUCGAGCAUCUGGAGCGGGGGCAGGCCAUCAAGGAGAUGUUUGGGUUGAACUUCUCCUUUAAUCUGCGGGCUGACCGUAAAUCAUUCAGCUGGACUGGUGGCUACUCCUGAGACUAUCUCAAUGUCUACCACAUGGUGGUAGAUGGAUAAAUAACAGAGGAAACUGCUCAUCAGGAGAGUAACUCACACUGGCACCAGAUUAGGGUUCACUAAUGCUGAUGGAUCUGAUUAUGUUUUGCUGAUUUAUGCAUGUGAAUGAUUUUCCUGAGGGAGGGAGAGAGCCUUGUGAAAGAUGAAAUCGAGCAACCGAGAGAUGGAUGUUAACUGGUUUACACAACCGCAUGAUGUAUUGCCCUGCUUUUGACAUUCUUUUCAUCAGUCCAUGUGUAACCAUUGCGUGAACAGAAGGCUGGUGAUACUUCAUUGUCCUUAUCAUGAAUAUGAUCGCUUGUUUAUAUGCA